CCAUCAAUUUUCACAGCUUGAUACACGAGCCAUUUCAUAGCAAUAUUUGAUAAUCCGGGAUUGGUAUCUGGUGAAUAGUGUACAUCGCAAUCAAAAUCACAAGGUAUGUGUUGAUACAGCGGCAGUGAGCGACGACAUGCAACAAGGAUGCUCAGGGCAUUGAUGCGAUCGCGAGAAUCGUGAUGCUACUAGGCGUAGCGGAACUGAUGAGUCUGACUUAUGUUCCGGUUUCGAACGGUCGGAGUCGGAGGUGUUUGUGCUUGUUGAAUUCAAAGGCUUCCGACUUACUUCACGUCAAGCACAAUGGAACCAGUAGGACAAAAAUACACUCUCUGGGCGAAUCUCUACGCUUCUCCUUUUGUUGGUCCUAUUACAGGAGCGGAAUGACCUCCAUACUCUAAUUCCUCUUCGAUGAUCUCCCAGUCAAACAGGCUUUUUAUCUCGAGCCCACCAUGCGUGUCGCAAGACAUUUCAUUGACAUCUUCAUCCUAUUGGAGAUAUGGGACUGUCCAGGAAACGUCACCGUCGACACACUCGGUCUAUCUCUCGCCAAUGUCUCAACUAUGGUCUUUGUCAUACACAUCCGAGGUCUCUACCAACAUCCCGUCUCAAAGCUCUAUUUGUACACAAAGCGGAAAGGCUUCAAGAGGACAACAACAUCGGACACUUCCGUCAGAUACAUGAAUGCGUCAUGGACCGCCUCAGACGAAUCUCCCGAAUUUGAGUCCAUAUAUGACCACUCUAUUCGAGAGGCGUUCUCUCGCGUGCUUUAUAAACUGAUCGAUCCCCUAUCAUCUCUUUUGCUCUCAUCUCCCAAAGCUUUCCUAUUCGAUACAUUCAGUAAAAUCCACGUUGCAACAGAUGCCUGUCGAUUGUCCCCAACGCUAGCACCAACGCCAUCGCCUAUAGCCACGACAUCAACUCCCACCUCUGGCACCACUCUCACCGGAACGCGAACAGCUUCGGCGCUAGGGUUGAUAGACAAACGAGAUGUGAUAUCAUUGAGAAACCCUGAGGCUAACAAAAGAUCGACAGUCUGCUGGUUGGAAGUUCAAACGUUUACGCGUUAUGGUCCAUGA